AUGGGCUUUUCCGACCAGGAUGUUUAUAUUUACCGAAAGCAGUUUGGUGUGAAUCUGGGUGCUUGGUUUGUGCAAGAACGAUGGAUUAACGAUUCUUUAUUUGAAGGAGCUGGAGACAGUGAGUUAGAUGCUGUCCAAAGCGUUGUUCAAAAACAUGGAACGGACGGAGCACGUGGGCUAUUUGAGAAUCAUUGGAAAUCUUGGAUUACCGCGAACGAUUUUUCCUACCUUCAGCGGUUGGGAGUCAAUACCGUUCGUAUACCCAUCGGAUAUUGGACACUUGGACAAAGCCAAUUUUUGCAGGGAACACCAUUUGCACAGUAUACUGGAGUUUAUCAAAAUUCCCUUAAUAUUCUGGUUCAAAAAAUUCAAGAUGCUGCUAGCAAGUCGAUUGGUGUUUUAGUUGACUUUCACGGCGUUUAUGGACAAGCAAAUGGUGGUUCUCACUCUGGAACCUCUUCUGGAAAAGUGGAAUUCUUCAGCAAUCCUCAAAAUCAACAAAGAAUGGUGUCUAGUCUUCAAUAUGCUGCUUCCGUCUUGAGAAAUCAGCCAAAUCUCGUAGGCAUUGAGGUGAUUAAUGAGCCAGAAUGGGGACAGUACGAUGUACUUAGUUCCUAUUACAAAAACGCUAGGAAAGUGAUCCCCUCUUACUUGCCUACCUAUAUUGGUGAUGGUUGGGACAAAGAUCAUUGGGUGAAUUGGGUGAAUGGACAAGAAAAUAAUGGUCUUUAUAUUGUUGAUCACCAUAGCUAUUUCUGUUUUGGAGGUGAUUUGGUGAAUCAGUCCCCGAAGACAAUCACCAAUAAGUUAAACUCCGGAGAAGAGUAUGAUAAAACAUCACUUUCAAACCUUAUUGUCGGUGAAUGGAGUUGUACGCUUACCGAAGAGUCAUGGCAAAAAACUAAGCUGCAUCAAUAUAGACGUAAACAGUUAGGAAAGGCACAAGUGAGUCAAUAUCUAAAUAACACUGGAGGAUCUCACUUUUGGACUUCUAAAUUCCUCCACGGAAAAGGUGGAGACUGGGAUUUCAGGCUUGAAAAUGAGGAUAGCGUUGUUCGUUAUCCCACGAAGCUUCCCAGUGCAAGUGGUUCAAUGCCAUGCAAACUUAGUAAAAGCCGCAAACAAAACUAUAAUGGACACUGUUAUUAUUGGGACCAUUUACACCCAGGUGGUCAAUACGAUCACAAUCUUUAUCUCAAUGGUUGGGAUCAAGCAUGGAAGGACCAUGUAACCUUCCUUCACCAAGGUGCUCUUCUAGGAUUUCCUCGCGCAUGGACUAUGAAGCGUAUCGCUGAAAUCCAAUCUCAAUCCUCAUGGGAGUAUCGGGACGGCAUGAAUGCGUGCUGGACGAGUAUGCAACAACUUGGCUACUUUAAGUGUGCGUAG